AUGGAGUUCAGUCUCAGCGGAAACGCGCUGAAAACCUUCGCUCGCUCCAUCACGUGUCUCUCACGUGUCGGCAACGAGCUUGCUAUUCAAGCUUCUCCUGCUCAGCUUGCGCUCCACACGCUAAAUUCAUCGCGAUCUGCUUAUCAGUCGAUAACAUUUAAGCCGAGUUUAUUUGACGUGUAUACAGUUUCUGGUACCGAAGUAAAAUUCAGUUUGCUUCUGAAGGCUAUUUGUUCAGUUCUCAGGACACCAGUUGCGGGUAUCGAUCACUUGAUUGUGCAAUUGCCUGAUCCGGAUGCAUUGAAAGUGCAGUGGACUUUGGAAUGCUUCAAUGGUAUGAGAAAAUCCUAUUGGAUUACUUGCAAUAUUGAGCCAGAGAUACAACAUCUAUCUCUUGAUAGGAGAAGAUAUCCAAGUAGCUUAGUUGUGAGACCUCGUGAUCUUAAUCGGCUGCUAGCUAAUUUUCAGUCAUCACUCCAGGAGAUCACCAUCAUUGCAACAGAACCUGCUUCCAUGACUUCUGACACUGAUAGUGAAAUAGGAGGAAAAGCAGUUGAACUGAGAAGUUAUAUAGACCCAACCAAAGACAAUGAUUCUUCACUGCACACUCAGCUGUGGAUAGAUCCAGCUGAAGAAUUUGUCCAGUAUGCUCACAAUGGAGAUCCUGUGGACGUAACAUUUGGUGUGAAGGAACUGAAGGCAUUUCUUUCUUUCUGUGAGGGCUGUGAAGUUGAUAUUCAUUUAUAUUUUGAAAAAGCUGGAGAGCCUAUUUUAAUGGCACCAAAAUUUGGUCUAGAUGAUGGGUCCAGUUCAAACUUCGAUGCUACUCUUGUACUUGCAACUAUGCUUAUAUCACAACUCCAUGAAGGAAAUCCAUCAGAAGCUCCACCUUUGGUUACCACAGAGUAUGGUCAGGCUGCAGAUGAGACAAGGACUCAAGGACAACAAGAGAGAUGUAGAGUGAAUGUUUCUGAACAUCCAUCUGAUCACACCAGAAUUUGGUCUGAAAUUUCAGGAAGUGCAGCAAGAAGUGGUAGUGGUGCUGAAGCAAGACAGGCUCCAGGAGAAAGAGAUUUGAAUGCUAAUGAACAGCGGGAAAUCCAAAGGAUCAGCACAAUGCAAAUCUCGAAAGACAUGUCUGCUAGAGAAAAUGUUGUCGUGGAUUCUAGUCUGUAUCCUAACUGUUACUGUUUGUUUCUGUAUGUUACCUUUUCUGGUCAUUUGCUUGGAACUAAGGUGGUAAGGUAUGGUGGCUUUGUUAUGUGGACCCACACAGGUAAUUUGCAACUGGAUAUUGCUUCAUUUGACUUCAUCUUCUACAAUAUUAUGGAUCAGUGUUUACAAUCUGCAAAAGAAGAGAGGAAAAAGCAAAAAAACCCUUUCUAUAAAAUCAUAUGUUAUGUAGUUCUGUUCAUCCUUGGUAGAGUUUUGGCAGCUGUGAGAAUACAUUUAGAGGCUUUGAUUUGUGUUUUCAACUCAAACUCAUCGAAGCGUUGCCAUCCUAUGGAAAAAGAUCAUGCAAAAGAAGCCCAAGGGAGGUCAGAAACUAAUGGCCAUGGUUUUUCUCAAAGUCAUCCUAGUAACUGGGUGGACGCAGACGAUGACGACGACGACGCAGAUGGAAAUGAAUUGUGUGUUCAGUCAACACCGCCAUACUAUGAAGAACAAUAG